CGCCGGGUGGAGCCUUUGCCUCAACGCAAGCGAGACAAAGCCAGCCUCUCUCUGCUCGGGAGGAGCUUCCAGGGAAAGAAAGCCAAGGGCCCCCUUCUCUCUCUCUUUGCUGGAACCGGCUUUCUUUGCAAGGAGCCCAACGCCUGCAAGCCCAGUUUUGGAGAACGCCUGUGCCUUCAGAGAGCCUGCCUUUCCCUUCCAGGAGCAGAAGAUGGAGAUGCAGAGGAUGCGGAGAUGAUGGAUGCAGAGCCCAGAUCUGGACCAGUCACCAAGCCAUCGGAGGUUUUCUUAGCCCCCCUGGACACCUAGGCCUUUGCUGCUGAAUUGUUCUUUUCUUAAGGAAGGGUUGUUGGGGGGGGGGGAAGGGACACACACGCACACACACACAACCCAGCUGAUCCAUCUCGCCACAUCCCCAGUCUCUCUGAUGAAAAUGGAGCCGGAUUUGCUCAUGACUCUGGCCGAUCCCGGGAUCAAACCGGAUCGAGACCCUUUGCUAGGGCUGGGGCAGCAUCUCCAUGGGAAAUACCUCCUCCUAGAGACUCCCCUUGGCCCUGCCAGGCCCAGUCCGGAGCUGGUCCUGCUUCCCCGAAGCCCCCCAGGGCCCUUGAUCCUGCCAGGAGAUGGAGACCAACCAUCUCUGGCCCUGGAGCAAGUCUUAGGUGGGAUGGAGAUGGUUGAAGAGGGCUCCACUGACCAUCAGACCUUCUUCCCUGAAGGUUCCUUGGAGUAUCUGUAUGGCAUGGAAGAGGAGCUGGGAGGCCUGGCUGACCAGCCAGUCAAUGGAGGAGAAGGCCCUCCAGGUGUGGAGGAUCACCAGGAUUGUUGCAACCAGCCCUCUUUGGAUGUGGAUUUGAGGCUGGUCCCUGUGGAAAAUGAGUCCUUGGCUUCGCAGCUAAGCUCAGAGCCCAAAGCUGAGGAGGAGCAGGUAAGCUCAGAAGAGUCUCUGGAUCCUCAGGAUUUACCCCUGGUUGUAAGGGAAGAUGUGGAGGAGUUGAGCCAAGAGGAGACCUUCUCCCAAACUCUAGAGGAACCGCUUCUCCAAACCCAGGACGACCUGAUCUUAGACACAGCCCCUUCUCCUAAGGAAACCCUUCUGGACGGACUCCCCCUCGACUCUCCUUGGACUCAGGAGAUGGAGGGCUCCCAGCCCCCUAACUGCCAAGAGAGGAGGAAGAAGAGGAGGAGGAGAAGUGGCAGCCCCUCUUUGCCAAGGCCCUUAGACUACUUACCUGGGCCAGCCCAGCUUGGCACCGUAGUGGACCUCUUCCCUGCCUGCCCUCCUGCCAACAGCCUUGGGCCCCCACUUCUUGAGUUUGGCCAGGUGGACCCCACGACGGAGGACGAGGGCUCCCAUGCUUCCCCAGAGGAGGUGCCUCGGCUCCGAGCCGUCUUCGAAGCCCUGGACCGGGAUGGAGAUGGGUUUGUCCGGAUUGAGGAGUUUAUCCAGUUUGCCACUGUCUAUGGGGCAGAGCAGGUGAAAGAUCUGACCGGGUUUUUGGACCCUGCUGGCCUUGGUGUGAUCAGCUUUGAAGACUUCUAUCGGGGAAUCUCAGCUAUCAGAAACGGAGCGGAUCCAGACAAUCAGCUUUGUGCUAUGGGAUAUGAUGCCCAAGAUGAGGCACCAUCGACUUGUCCCGAUGAGUUUGAUGACUUUGUUGCAUUUGAGGCAAAUGAGGUGACGGACAGUGCGUACAUGGGCUCUGAGAGCACCUACAGCGAGUGUGAAACGUUCACAGAUGAGGAUACUAGCACACUGGUCCACCAUGAGAUGCACGAUGAAAUAGAAACAGACAGUGCCAUUGAUUCCACGGUGCACUCGGAGUUCACAGAUCCCAUUGAAGAACCCGAGAAUGGAUCUCACUCUCAUGACCUCUCCUUAACUUCGGACAUCAACAGCCACUCCAUCGUCACAGUUAUUACCGGGGAGGAGCACUUUGAGGACUACGGGGAAGGGAAUGAAGGGGACAUCUUCUCAGACAGCCUGUGCAAUGGAGAAAGCGGUUUCAGCAGCUCAUCCUUCCUUUCUCCCAGCACCAACCCACUUGCCGCGAAACUGCACAGCAUCAUCACUGACGAUGCAUUUGAGUUUUACUGUACCCAAUGCCACAAACAAAUCAACCGCCUCGAGGAUCUCUCUGCUCGCCUAAACGAUCUUGAAAUGAAUAGUCCAAAUAAGAGGCUCUCGAGCAAGAAGGUAGCAAGGCACCUGCACCAAACAGGAGCCCUUACUGUAGAUGCCAUGGAGGAGCCUUUUCAGAAUAACACCCAGUGCCUGGAGGAGGAUAUCACCGACAAGGUGAUCUUCUUAGAGAAAAGGGUGACAGAGCUGGAAAAGGACACGGCUGCAAAUGGAGAGCAGCACAACCGAUUAAAGCAGGAAAAUCUUCAGCUGGUACACAGAGCAAAUGCCUUGGAGGAGCAGCUGAAAGAGCAGGAGCUGAAAUCAGACGAAGUCCUCAUGGAAGAAAUCCGGAAACAGAGGGAACUUCUCAGCAAAAUGGAGCGGGAGAAGAGCAUUGAGAUUGAAAAUCUACAAGCCCGAUUGCAACAGCUGGAUGAUGAGAAUGGCGAACUUCGGUCCUGUGUCCCUUGCCUGAAAGCCAAUAUUGAGAGGCUGGAGGAGGAAAAGCGUAAGUUAUUGGACGAAAUAGAAGAUCUCACAUUGCAGCUCAAUGAGGAGCAAGAGAACAAGAGGAAAUUGGGAGACAAGCUGAACCAAGAAAGACAUCAGUUUCAGAAGGAUAAAGAAUCUACGCAGGAGCUCAUUGAGGACUUGAGGAAGCAGCUGGAACACUUGCAGCUCUUCAAGCUUGAAGCUGAACAGCGAAGGGGCAGAAGCAGCAGUAUAGGCCUCCAGGAGUAUAACAGCCGGACACGGGAAACAGAACUGGAGCAAGAGAUCAGGCGACUCAAGCAGGACAACCGAAACCUGAAGGAACAGAAUGAUGAGCUGAAUGGGCAGAUCAUAAACCUCAGCAUUCAAGGUGCCAAGAACCUCUUCUCUGCUUCCUUCUCUGAAUCUCUGGCUGCAGAAAUCAGCUCAGUCUCCCGAGAUGAGCUAAUGGAGGCGAUUCAAAAGCAAGAGGAGAUCAAUUUCCGUCUUCAAGACUACAUUGACAGGAUCAUUGUGGCCAUCAUGGAAACCAACCCAUCCAUCCUGGAAGUCAAGUAGGGAUCUAAGAGCUGUGGGCUUGCACUCCCGAUGGUACUUGUCUCUGGUGGAUUUGCUGCUCUAGGAGGAAAACACUGGCAAAGUCUUUGCUCUACAAAGAUGGCACAAGACGCCUCACAUCGGGAUUGGCUGGGUGACAGAUCCUGGUGGACUUGGGGGGAGAGAGAGGACCAGCUGUUGAGCCUGCCUCUAAUAACUCCAGUGAUCUUUGUAACCCUCCUGACUUGUGGGGGUGAGGUUGGGUUUGGCAAAAGGGAAUCUAGAGUAAAGGAUGCAAGCCACAGAACAAGGUGGAAAGGGGGGUAAGGAAUGUGAACGCACACCAGCACCCUGCUGUGGGAAUGUAGCAGGCACUGUGCUACAACUUGAAAUCCCUUUCUCAUAACCUCACAAUCCUUUCCAAUGCUACAGCUAGAAGAAUGGGGCUGAGAAGGAGAGGGGGGACCUGAAUGUCUCCGCAUUGCAGUCAGAAUGGGGUGGUAAAGGGAACAGAGGUCCAAAAUGCCUUGCCUUGCCCAUACAUCUAUGCUUGACCAUUUCUUCCUGAAGGUUCAUCAAGGCAAGUGGAUUGCACUUGCCACCAUGUUCCUUCUUAAAGCUGUAGAAGUUCUCCAAGCAAUGUGAAGUGUGGCUGUGACUUCUCCUUGUUUAGCCAGUGGAAAGGAAGACAGAGCUACCUUUGGCCUAGGCCUUAUCCCAAACUUGGUGGUCUGUAGCUUGCAGAAACGUGUUGUUUCUUUGGGACCGGAAAAGUGUUUUUCAGGGGUCUGCCACACGUAGCUUAGGGUGUUUCCUGAUUUCUUUCCUUUGGCCACCUGCCUUAAAAUAAUGAGACUGACAUGUUGCCCUUUAAACAAAAUUGCAGAGGUGAGAAACUUCUGAAAGGGGGCUUCCCAGUGGUGGGAAUUGGACCACUGGUCCCGUUUGGUAAAAGACUGAGUAGUGGCUGGUGGUGGCCCUACAAGGCACUUAUUUGCCAGUUGAUAUGGUUGGUCUGCUGGAGACAGCUGUAGGGGGAUGCUUAGCUGAUGAUAGUAUAGCGCUGGAGGCAAAGCUAAUCCCCGCAGUCCUCACUAUAUGCACCAGGAACCAUUUUCUCCAUCGCACACCUGUUUUCUUUACUGCAGAUUGUUCUUUUGUUUUCUCAUCGGUUUGGUCAAGUUGAGAAUAGCAACUGUUCUGCCCUAUGUAAAAGAAAUUGAGUUAUGGAAAAGGGGAGGAGGAAAGUAAAGGCAGAAAUGAGCUGUUCAGCUGCUGAUGCAACUGUGUUGUACACAUAAAAUAUUUUGCUAACUAAUAAUGAAAGGUAUUUUAUCUGUACUUCUCUUUGAAGCAAGAAUUGAUUCUAAAUUCAUUAACCGUGACUUAAUUUUACAUAUCCUGGGAAGAAGAUGAAAGAGUCAUGUUGCAUCUUAUUCCUUCUUUUACUCUCCUCCCUCUCUCAUAUUUUAAACAGACCAUAUCACUAGGAUAAUCUGGGGGGGGGGACGACAAGUUACUUCUUCUCCCCCACUUUAUGGAAGGGGAUAUUAUUGCCAAUAUCUAAAAGGUGCACUGUUUCCACUGAACUAGAGGCUUACAUUGUUUUCUGAGUUUUCAAAAGAAGAUGUUGCUUUGGGACUUGGUUGUAGAGAUCAUGUUUAGUUUGGGGGUUUCUCUUCUUAAUGCACAACUAGGAACAGGAAAGGUGGUGCUUAGACCAUUAUUCGGUGGAUCCUGGCGCACUAUAUCUUCAUCAGGAGGGAGAAAGCAUCCUGAAGCCCAAUAACUGGGAUUCCAAACCAAAAUUUGGUUCUGGGCUGGAUAAGAGAGUGGAAGCUUUUUAUGGAUGCCUCUUCAUAAGGAGACACAAAGCAACCAUGCUACAUCUUGGCAUGAAUUAGCAGUGUCUUUCAUCCUACCUGAACCACAUAUGCAUCUGGUCCUCAUAGAAAUCAUAAGGUGCUUUAGUUCUCUGUCCCUGAUGUAGAGUAUAAAUGACACAAUCCUUCCGUCAUUUCCAGGUGGAUCAAGCAAGCAUGGCUGUGAGGAACAGAGAGUCACAAAAACCGAGGAGCUACUUCUUCACUCAUACAAUACCCAAGCAUUCUUUCACAUUUAGGACUUCCCUAGCCUAUUCUGCCCCCUUCACCCCCCAGAUGCGUUUGGAGAACGAAUCCAUGUACUGUACAUUUGCAGAGGAAUUUUGGGUGUAAAUCAAUGUAUACUUGCAGAGGGAAAGAUUUUUUCUUUUUCUACCUUGUAGAGUUAGGUAUUUUUUAUAGCUUGAAGGCUGAUCAAUUUUUUAAUACUUCAAAGAAGAGAGCAAUGUAUCUGUGUAUACACACACAAAUAUAUAUAUAUAUGUAUGUAUGUAUGUAUAAUGUACAAAUCUAUAAAUAAUCAGAUCUGCCUUUCUUGACUUGGGCACAUACGUCUGUGAAAUGAACACACACUCCUCUCCCAGCCUCCUGGUUGAUCACAAAGAGGUACUGUAAUGUAAAUAGUCACAGGAGGGGGGGACAUUAAACCAACAAAAGUGGAGCACUGGCUUGCACACACCGCUUUAAUUUCCUGAGAUAAAAACUGUUCUUCCCUGCUGGUAUGUGAAGGAAUUUCCAAAAAGAGACAAAUGAUAUUGGUCUUAACGGGUGUACUGACUCUUGUCUGAUUAAAACCUGUUACUGUCUCUUUGCGGGAGA